GCUCCUCUGUGUCCUGUAGCUCUGCUGUGUGCAUGUACUAGCUGCCUACAGACCAACUACACGUGUGAAACAGAUGGGGCCUGCAUGGUCUCCAUCUUCAACCUGGAUGGCAUGGAGCACCACGUGCGCACCUGCAUCCCCAAAGUGGAGCUGGUUCCUGCCGGAAAGCCCUUCUACUGUCUGAGCUCUGAGGACCUGCGCAACACCCACUGCUGCUACAGCGACUUCUGCAACAAGAUUGACCUCAGGGUGCCCAGCGGGCACCUCAAGGAGCCUGAGCACCCCUCCAUGUGGGGCCCUGUGGAGCUGGUGGGCAUUAUCGCUGGCCCAGUCUUCCUCCUGUUUCUCAUCAUCAUCAUCGUCUUCCUUGUUAUCAACUAUCACCAGCGUGUCUACCACAACCGCCAGAGACUGGACAUGGAGGACCCCUCGUGUGAGAUGUGUCUCUCCAAAGACAAGACACUCCAGGAUCUUGUCUAUGAUCUCUCCACGUCAGGGUCUGGCUCAGGGUUACCCCUUUUUGUCCAGCGCACAGUGGCCCGAACCAUUGUUUUACAAGAGAUUAUCGGCAAGGGCCGGUUUGGGGAAGUAUGGCGUGGCCGCUGGCGAGGUGGUGACGUGGCUGUGAAAAUCUUCUCUUCUCGUGAAGAGCGGUCGUGGUUCCGGGAAGCAGAGAUCUACCAGACAGUCAUGCUGCGUCAUGAAAACAUCCUUGGGUUUAUUGCUGCUGACAAUAAAGAUAAUGGCACCUGGACCCAGCUGUGGCUUGUCUCUGACUAUCACGAGCAUGGCUCCCUGUUUGAUUAUCUGAACCGCUACACAGUGACCAUUGAGGGGAUGAUUAAGCUGGCCCUGUCUGCAGCCAGCGGGUUGGCACACCUGCACAUGGAGAUCGUGGGCACUCAAGGGAAGCCUGGAAUUGCUCAUCGAGACUUAAAGUCAAAGAACAUCCUGGUGAAGAAGAACGGCAUGUGUGCCAUUGCAGACCUGGGCCUAGCCGUCCGUCACGAUGCAGUUACUGACACCAUUGACAUUGCUCCAAAUCAGAGGGUGGGAACCAAACGAUACAUGGCUCCUGAAGUCCUUGAUGAAACCAUCAACAUGAAGCACUUUGACUCCUUCAAGUGCGCUGAUAUCUAUGCUCUCGGGCUCGUGUACUGGGAGAUUGCGCGGAGAUGCAAUUCUGGAGGAGUCCAUGAAGAAUAUCAGCUGCCGUAUUAUGACUUAGUGCCCUCCGACCCUUCCAUUGAGGAAAUGCGAAAGGUUGUCUGUGACCAGAAGUUACGACCCAACAUCCCCAACUGGUGGCAGAGUUAUGAGGCGCUGCGGGUGAUGGGGAAGAUGAUGCGUGAGUGCUGGUACGCCAAUGGUGCUGCCCGCCUGACAGCGCUGCGCAUCAAGAAGACUCUGUCCCAGUUGAGUGUGCAGGAAGAUGUGAAGAUCUAAGCUGCUCCGCUGCCUACACAAAGAACCUGGGCAGUGAGGAUGACCACAGCCACCGUGCUGAGCGUACUGGAGGCCUACCUCUUGUUUCUGCCCAGCCCUCUGGCCAGAGUCCUGGCCUGCAAGAGGGACAGAGCCCGGGAGACGCGCACACUCCCAUUUUGGGUUUGAGACACAGACUUUUUAUAUUUACCUCCUGAUGGCAUGGAGACUCGGAGAGCAAAUUAUGUAGAGAACUCGAUGCCGCAAGUUGAACUGCAGUGGGAAGUAGACAGAACCCAGUGCAUCUGGCGUGUGGCCAGCAAUGGUGGUGGGGUGCUGGGCUCUCCCUGGAGCAGCCCCUAUACCUUGUGGUCUGUUAGGCUGGAGGUUUUCCUCCAGGGACCAGUCAACCUGGCAGCAAGGUAUUGAGAAGAACUGGAAGUGUAGCCCCUCUCACAGGCAGUCCUGAGCCACGCCAUCCCCUUCUCCUCACGGACAUCUAGAGGGACUGCCACUAGGGAGGCCACCUGCUGCCUGUCUGUCCAGCCAAGUGUGCAUGUGCCGAGGUGUGUCCCACAUUGUGCCUGGUCUGUGCCACGCCCUUACACGUGUGUGUGUGUGUGUGUGUGUGUGUGUGUGUGUGUGUGUGUCUGUAGGUGCACACUUACCUGCUUGAGCUUUCUGUGCAUGUGCAGGCCAAGGUGUGCUGGUGCCUCUGUCACAGUGAGCAGUGUCUGGUUAACGUGGUGCCCUCCUGGAGGUCUCUCCUGUUCCCAGCCUUUGGCAGGGUGGUCCUUUUCUCAGCAGGCUGCUUGCCACCCUGUGUCACAGACCUUCCUCUCCCGUUUCAGACCACAACCAAAGCUGGCCCACUUGUCCAUGGGAGAGGCUUUUGGGUCAAAAUGAGGGGAGGGGAGCAGGACGAGCAGAGACAGAAUGUUGUGCGAGCCUUGGGUGUUGUGUUUCAACAUCAGCCGUGGGAAACGAGCCAGCCAAGGGCAUCUUCCUCAGCAGCAGUGAGGAAGGGAGGGCCAGGAGAUCUGAAGCCAGAUCUCGGGUCUCGGAUUGGAAUGUGACAUCUGUUUGUCCCACCCCACAGUCUGCAAACUGCAGUGUAUAUUUUUGGUGGUGGUGGUGGGUUUGGGGUGGGAAGGGAUGGGCUGCAGGGAGUGGGGAGGGAGUCGGGUGGGAGGGAGGCAUCUGCAUGAGCCUUCUUGUACUGGAUUCUCUGAUGAGGCUAGAGGAAGAUGAGAGAUUCGCAUCCACUUCAGGGCCCCUACUGAAGGGAGCAGUCUGAGCUGAAUAUGGUGUUUAACCGAAGUGUAGUAUUUAACGGAUUCUGGAAGCUUGGCUGUGGGUGGUGAUUUGGUCAGCAUAUCUUAGGUAUAUAUAACUUUGAAGCCAUAACUUUUAACUGGAGUGGUUUAUUUUAAUUCAUUUUAUUUUAUUUUAUUUUAUUUUAUUGGGAAGAUCAGGAUUUUAACUUUAAUACUGUUAAGUUUUUAUAGAAGGAAAACCAUCUCUGUGACAAUUACCUCUUAGUCUGUUUGUUUUUAAAGAAAUCCCUAAAACAAACAAAACACCACAGGAAUUCUCUGGAAUCAGAUGCACAUAGUUCAGUCACUGGAGCGUUUGUCUUUGCACCUGAGCCUGCUCCCACUCGGCAGUGAGAGUUUCUCCUCCCUGGGGACUUGGUGUCUUGUAUUGCAUGCACACCCCAUCCUUCGAGCACCCCAGCCUUUUGUGCAUUGUCCACCUGGUUGUGCCCUUCCCAGACAUUUGCUCAGCAAGUUUGGGGUGAGUGCUUGUGGAGACAGGCUGGGUGCUGCACCGGGAGCAUUGAAGGAGGAACUGAAUCGUGAGUGAAUGAGCCCCGUUUUUGAGACCAGAAGGGUCCAUGUCCGCCGGUUCCGAGAGCCUUUGUGAGCCUGGGCUUACUGUUCUUAAGAACCGAGGGAAAGGAGCCUGUAUCCCAUCGGCAGAGAGCAGUGAGGCCUGGAGUUUAGAAACCCAGGUGAAACCCCAAAGCACUGCCUUGGUUGUGUACCCCUUUCUGCCCCAGGGGAGGCAUGAAUUUACACAGGGAAACUGCCUCCGCCCAGCUUCUCCUGCCUUGGGCUCCCCGUUUUCUUAGCCUUUCUAUUUAUUUCCUGGUGUAUAACUUCUUUCCUUGCAUUAAAGGGAUCUUCCUUUAAUUCUUUGGGCCAAUUUACUGGCCAUUGAACUAUUUCCCUUGAGUCCCAAUUAUGUCAUUGGGGGAACCUCUUAGCCCACCCCUGCUGACGUCCCGCCCCCACCUGCAGCUGCACCUUGUGAUUACAGGUGACGAUGGAACUGUAGAGUCCUCUGCUGUCUGCCAGCAUACGCCCACAGUGACUCCUGUGCCACUAGCCCGCACUGGGGCCCUUCUGCCCCUGCGUGUAGUCCAGCUCACCCACCUCUCAGGAAGACUUGAGCAGGUUUGGGGAAGUGCCACCCCAUCCCACUACUCUUUACAUUAAGCUGAGAGUUGGGAGAAACUGAAGCUGUGUUUUGGCUCCCUAAGGCUACCCUGAUCCACAGGGCUACCUGCACCUCUGGAUUCUGGAUUCACAGACCAAGUCCAAGCCUGUUCUUAGGUCGCCGUCAAGGCUCCUGAAUGGCAUUCUCGGUACUUCUGUUUGUUUUUGUACAAUUUAUUAGAAAGGACUGUAAAAUAGCCACUUAGACACUUUACCUCUUCAGUAUGCAAAUGUAAAUAUAUUGUAAUAUAGGAAAUUUUUGUUUUAAUAUAAAAACGAGCCUGUCCAGUUUCUGCUGUACAUUAUUAAAGUUUUAUUCACAGA